AUGGCUCAAUUCAAAAAGAAGUUCACAUUUGACGACCCAGAAGAUAGUUAUUGGAAUGAAAGCGGGUCGAACAGUUCGUCCUUAUUCGAUGAUCUUCCCUCUAAACAGUGGGCUGCCCGAGCUGCAGUGGAUAGUCUUUUCGAUGUGGCAAAAGAAGCUGAAAAGACAAAACCCAAAGAAGCACCGACGACUUUAAGCAAUGCUCCUUUUGAAAAGGGUGAUUCAGAGAAAACCAGGGACAGAAUAGUAGACGAAAUCAUUCACACGCGGACAGCGGCGUUGAAACUUGAUGAUGCAUCUCCUCGUGGUGGUGCUCCUUCUGUGGUGUCGGAGUGUAGUGUAAGUAGUCUACCCAGUGACGCUCAUCGGUUAGAUCUGGAUUAUUCUCGCUUAAAAGAAGAGCAUAGGAAGCUUCAACGUUUUUUGGAUGAUGUUCGUCAUAAGCGAUUCACGGCCGUCGGCGUACAUGAAGCUGUACGUAGGCUAUUAAAAGGAGAGCCUGUCAGUUUGGAGUUUUAUCGUUCAAAAAACGACAAGGUACAGCUUCUUGAUGCUGCUAUCGAUAUGGUUGAUGGAAAUGUCAUUCAGACUGUUGUGCUCUUCUUACAACAAACACUGUCUGAUUCUAUCUUUCGCGAUAUUCUUUUACGAAAACCAGAAGCUGCCGAAGAGUAUAUUUUGUAUUUAAAGAAAGUUCGAGACUAUGACGAACUUGUAAAUACAUUAUUUGCUCUGGGAAGAAAUGCCGAUGCAGCCAUGGUAGAAUUCUCUGCAGCCAUUAAAAACAAAGUGAUUAACCAGAAAAUCCAAGCUUUGAAAAAAUGUACACGAAGUGCGUUCAGUGAUCCCUUCCUGUCAUCAGAAGCAAACCUGGUUAAUGAUUAUAUCAGUUUGUUGGAGAGACAAGUCCCUAUCGAGACGGCGGAUGCUUCAUCAAAAGUUGAUAACUUCAAAGUUUUUCCUGUUACAUCUCCUUUGGUGGGAAGCUCUGCUCUUUCCACUCUGUAUUAUUCCUGUUUAUAUCAUUAUGACUUACCAGCGCAUUCUCUUGCUUCUCCGCUCAAUGUCAAGGAAUGUCUUCGUCUAUCUGAGAAAGAGUUUGUGUGGACUGCUAUAAGUGCACUUGUAUGUCAGAGUCGAUGGCCUGACGUAGAAAGAGUGUUACAGCCAAAAAACUUGAUAGGUGCUUUACAAAAUCGAGGCAUAAUGAAUUCAAAACUAUCAUGUCCAUUUUCAUGGCAAAAUCUACUGUAUAUAUUGCAUAAUAACAGAGUGAUGCCUCCGAAAGAUUUCUGCUGUCGUAUCCUGAGAGCUGUACAAGAUCAAGACUUACGGUUGAAAUUAGCCGAAAAGUAUAGCAUAACUGAUAUUGUUAUGGAAUGCCUGGUCGCCCAAAAAGAUAGACAAAAAUUGAUUAAGUAUGCUUCUACUCUAACUCCUCAUACUCCUGAGGCAUAUAAAGCAGCGGCAGCAUUGAACAACUCUGGCACAAGAUGGAAGAAUUAG